AUGGUCCCGGUUUCCUCUGUCGGAUAUCCAUCCUAUUGGGAGGGGAGGUUUCCUGAAGACAGGAUCAGACUGGCCCCCCGCAGCAGGAGACAUAGCCCUGGCGCUCGGGUGGAUCAAGGAGAAUAUCGGAUCCUUCGGAGCAGAGCCAUCCUGAUCUCCGGCAGCCUGCUGAGCCCGUGGGGCACCGGCCAGGACCCUGGCGGGCUGCGAGCUAGGCUUGCGGCCGCCGCAGGGUGCCGCACGGAACCCCUCGCCUGCCUGAAAGCACUGCCCCCUCUGGCCCUCACCAGCCUCACGGUCCAGGCCCCUCGAUUCCUCACCGCGGUGGGACCCUGGGUUCAUGGGGAACCCGCCAGUGCAGUCGAGGUGGCCGGAGACCCCUUCCUCUCCUCGCGGCUCAUGAUCGGGACCACGACCACCGAGAGUUUCCUCGACUUCAACAGCCACGAGAUCCAAACGUACGUGAGGAACGCCUACGAUUACCACCUCAACGAGAUCUUCUCGACCGUGCGGAACGAGUACACGGACUGGGAGAAGCCGAUCCAGCACCCGAUCAACAUCAGGGACUCGACCCUGGAAGCGCUCUCUGACGGGCACACGGUGGCCCCCCUCCUCAGGUUGGGCUACCUCCACGCCAGGAGGGGCUCCCCCACUUACUUCUACCACUUCAGCCACCACUCCAAGGAGAGCUCUUAUCCGGAGGUGAGUCCUCCAAUCUAGGGCCUGGCGAUUGUCCUUCAAACGGAGAGGUCUUCUUGUUAGGCAGCUCUCUGACCAAGGAUCUUUUAUAUAACAAAAAAAAAAAAUAUUUUUAUAAAC